GCUCACCAGAAUGCCCUUCGGCCUCAAAAACGCACCUUCAACCUUUCAGCGAUUAAUGAAUACCGCCCUAUCCGGACUCAAUGGUAUACAAUGCUUCGUUUACCUUGAUGAUAUUGUCAUUUAUUCACCAGAUUUAAACUCACACGUAAAUAAUUUAGCGUCAGUAUUCCACAAACUUCGGAAAUUCAAUUUAAAACUACAACCAGAUAAGUGUGAGUUCCUCAGAAAGGAAGUCACUUAUCUUGGUCAUGUAAUAACAAAUGAAGGUGUCAAACCGAAUCCAGACAAGAUUAAAGCAGUUACUGAAUUCCCCAUUCCUGAAUCCCCAAAAGAUGUCAAAUCCUUCCUCGGGCUCGUUUCUUAUUAUAGAAGAUUUAUUCCAGAAUUUUCAAAGAUUGCCAAACCACUUACUUCUUUAUUAAAGAAAGACGAACCUUUUAUAUGGGAAAAUCCUCAACAACUUGCUUUCGAUGAACUGAAGCAAAAACUUACCACUGCUCCUAUCUUAUCCUAUCCAGAUUUUAGUCAGCCAUUUAACCUUACCUGUGAUGCAUCCAACCACGCGAUCUCCGCAAUCCUGUCCCAAGGUCCCAUUGGAAAGGAUCAACCAGUAGCAUAUGCGUCUCGAACCUUGAACAAAGCGGAAUGUAAUUACAGUGUAACGGAGAAAGAAUGUUUAGCAAUCGUGUGGGGAACUAAAGUCUUCCGUCCAUACUUAUAUGGGCACCGUUUCAAAAUUUUAACGGAUCACAAGCCUCUCAAAUGGCUCUUCAAUUGUAAAGAUCCUGGAUCAAAAUUAGUCCGAUGGCGACUUAAACUCGAAGAGUUUGAUUAUGAGAUCGAAUAUAAAAAGGGUAGAGUUAACAGUAACGCUGAUGCGUUAUCCCGCUAUCCAGUAAAUCCUGUACAACAUUCAACUGAGCCACAGAAUUUUCACAACGAUGAUCCUCCUGCUUCUUCCAGUAAUCGAGAUCCUCCACUUAAUGAUCCAGCACCAUCCCAAGAUCCUUUGCUCGACAUUAAUCUUGAUGAUUUCGGACUCCUUGAAAUCAGCCCUCAUAGUGAUGAUCUCAACGUUGAUUUCGACGUCUUAGAAAUUCCCUCUCCACAACCUGAUACCUUACCUGUCGAAACACCAGGUCCUGCCGCUCGUCCACCACCAUCAGCCAAUACCGGUUCUCCCGUCUCGUCACCUUCUCACGCUACCGCACCUGAAACAGAAAAUAUAAAUAUUAAUGAACAUAAUGUACAAAACAGUAACUACAGUCAAUUUCUUAAAGCAAUUGGAGAUAAAAAUAAAUCUUUUGACACAAACAUUUUGGAACAUAAUGAAAGUUUAACUAAAAGUAACUGUUCAAUAAUACUUAUCCCCACUUCAUUGGAUUUAGAUGACUCAAAUCCGUAUGUGCAAGAAAUCUUAUCCAAAGUAGAUGAUCCAAACUCCUAUGUUGCAGCUGAAAAAGAAAUUUUUAGAUAUCAAAAAAUCCCUUGUAAUAAUAAAAUAUAUUAUUUCAUUUUCACAAAAGUACAUUACUUUGACGAAGCAACUUACCCCGAUAUAUUCCGAACAUUAGAAAAUGUAAAAACUGAACUACUAUCCGAGGCUCAUGUUUCACAAUUCGCUAUAUCAGAUUUCAAAAAUGCGUUUGAAAAACAUUCUUUUGUCAAAAUUUAUAAUAUGCUAACAUACCUUUUUAACAACACUUCUGUCUCUGUAAAUAUAUACCAUAACAACAUUAUUUAUCCUACACCCAGUGAGAUCUCAAAGAUCAUGAAAGAGAACCAUGAUAUUCCUAUUGCCGGACACCUUGGUACUGAAAGAAUGCUCAAUAGAAUUAGAGAAAGAUAUUAUUGGAAAAACAUGAAAUCAGACAUAGAACACUACGUAAAAAACUGCUCAGCCUGUCAAUCCAACAAAGCCUUAAGACAGAUUAAUCGUGCACCCAUGCAAAUAACAACAACAUCCACACGUCCUUUUGAACGGGUUAGUCUCGAUAUAGUAGGUCCCUUGCCUGAAGCUGGACUUAACAAGUUACGAUACAUACUCACUCUACAGGACGAUUUAACAAAAUUCUCUAUAGCAUACCCCAUUUCCAACGCAACAGCUGAAGAAACCUGCGAAUGUCUAGUUCAUUUCAUAUCACUUUUUGGAAUUCCAAAGUCUAUAUUAACUGAUCAGGGCACAAACUUUACUGAAGAACUUUUCAAGAAAACAACGGUUUCAAUCAGCCUCACCAUUGUCGCUUCAGAUAUAGUGCAACAGAUAGACGAGAAUCCAGGAAUUUACUUCGACCCAAUUGGAACAGUUAGAAUCACCAGUGAUGACCUUCACGUUUUGGUUCCGAGUCAGCAUUUUCACGAUGCAGCGAGCCUGAACCUCCAGUUCGGAGGCGCAGUUCAGACCGGGCAUCCAUCCAGUAAGGACCUCUAA